CGGGGGCGGCGCCGGGGCCGCCGCGGGGCGCAGCGCCUCCGUCCGCUCCUCGCUGCCGCUCAGCAGCCUGCACGGCGGGCCGCGCCGCUCCAUGGCGACCCACAGCCCCUGCAUCGUGAUUGGCGAUGAUGAACAAGGUUACGACCUGGACUUGUUCUGCAUACCAAAACAUUAUGCGGAUGAUCUGGAGAAAGUCUAUAUUCCUCAUGGGCUCAUCAUGGACAGGACAGAGAGACUGGCACGUGAAAUCAUGAAGGGCAUGGGAGGACACCACAUUGUAGCUCUCUGUGUACUAAAGGGCGGCUAUAAAUUUUUUGCUGAUUUGUUAGACUACAUCAAAGCACUGAACAGAAACAGUGACAAAUCAAUCCCCAUGACUGUGGACUUCAUUAGGUUGAAGAGUUACUGUAAUGAUCAGUCAACUGGAGAUAUAAAAGUCAUUGGUGGGGAUGACCUCUCAACCUUGACUGGAAAGAAUGUUUUAAUUGUAGAAGAUAUCAUUGAUACUGGGAAAACAAUGAAAACGUUGCUGUCUCUACUAAAGCAGUACAAUCCAAAGAUGGUGAAAGUGGCCAGUUUGUUGGUCAAAAGAACUCCUCGAAGUGUGGGAUAUCGGCCAGACUUUGUUGGAUUUGAAGUGCCAGACAAAUUUGUUGUAGGAUACGCCCUCGAUUACAAUGAAUACUUCAGAGAUUUGAACCAUAUCUGUGUGAUCAGUGAGACGGGGAAGCAGAAGUACAAAGCAUGAAAACACAGUUGAAGUGCUACGACUACAAAGCUUUGAAAUGUUUUGUUUACUGAGUCCUAUCUCUCACAGGCUUCAACUCUGGUACACCAGCUGAAAUUGUAGAACACCCCAGCCCCAUCGUCAUAUGCUUACUAUAACUUAUUGCAUGUACAAUAUAAGAAUCUCGUCUUGUUCAUUUAUAUUAUAGAAAUGUAAACAACUAGUGCAAUUCUGCACUCCUUAUUUUGAUUUGCACUAUGACUCUACCGACUAUUGCUGCCCCUGGUUGGGUUGUGCUGUUUGUGAGCUCCAGAGUCUAACUCUUGCAGUGGUAAAUUGCUUAAACCUCAUCAACCCAGAACUGAAAUAGUUCGAGUACUGUAAAUGUAAAACAUUUUAUGAUAGGGAAGUCUAUUAGUAAUAUUUUUUAAAAACUGUAAUUUAAGUUUUAUAUUUUAAUUCACAAAUGUGAUUGUGAUUAAAGGAUAGUUGCACCUUUGGGUGUUAUGAAACAUGAGAAGCAGCCAGUUACAGUAUCUGUAAUCUCCAGGGAGCCACUGACACCUCCUGGAGUUGCCUUAUUGCUGUAAAAAGGAGUCUGGGUAAAAAAUGUCUUUUUUUUUCUUUUUUUUGAGAUGGAAUGACAAAACAGAAUGUUUGAAGUCUAGUUUUAGUUGAGCUGCCUGUUUCUUUCAGAUUUUUUUUUUCUUUAAAAAUAUCCAUCAGACAGUGAAAUUGCCUUUUAAACUUAAACAGUUUUAAUAUAUUUGUGGGGAAAAAAAAAGUAUUGUAAUGUUUACUUUAUAAGAACUACAAAGCAAAGUACUUUAAAUAAAGGCUGUCUCUUUAAAAUACGCCCCAUACAUCUAUGCCACUCACUGUGUAUAUUGAAGUACUCUCGAGAUUCUCUUCUCAGCAACAUAUUUCAUUAGUGCUUCUGGCAGUGAAGGCAGGCUCCACGUUUGUUACCUCUGUAGAGCUUUCUGUCAAUACAGUGCUGUCUAUGGGAGAUGAUGAAGGCCUGAGGGAAAGCUUUAGGAAGACUGGCACAUGCUAUAACCAAACUGGAUUUCAGAGAGAACAUUCUGAGUGCUGUCCCUUCUCCUGUUUUGGCAAUAGUGAAGAGUGACGAAUAUUCCUUCAUUAAACACAUACCUGCAGGGAGAGAAAACCCAGCCAAUUUGUAAGUAAUUGUUUCAUUUUAUUCACAUCUUGUUUGUGUUGUAAGGCUAACCAUGGCAGUGCACACCUUUACUUCUGCUGUGCUGCUCUGUCGCUUGCUUAUGCAGCUGGUGUGCUUGCACAUGGACUUUCACUGGGUGCUGGGAUUUAGUGCUGGCAGUGCUUGGUACGCAAUGAAGCAUUUGCCAGUCUGUUCUGCAAGGUGUUUUCUGGUUUUUGAGUAGUAGUUUUUACAUUCCAAGCACCUUGCAGCAUUGUCUGCCCUUGGUGUGUUCACUUGCAACUGUGGCACUUAAUGGCAGCCCUAAAAUGUGAGUAACUUACACCAUGUAAUUGUGUAAUGAUCAGUGUGCUGGAGAUAUAGUUUCAAAUCAGAAUUCUCAGUAAGAAAAAUAACACUGCUCACGAUUGUAAUUUACUUUUGUUCACGUUAGGGUUUUUCUAAUUGCACUAUAUAGCCUGAUUCCAUUUCUGAAUGUGUGUGUGUGUAUGGAGAACUGUGCUGUGCUCAGGACUCCUUUCAGCAGGUGGUGCUUGGCUGAGGAGAGGAAGCACAAAAAGCAACACAGAAAACUGCAAACCCACUUUAGAAUUAUGACAUCCAUUUGAGUUUUCAUUGGGUAUGGACGGAUUGAAGGUCUCACUACAGAAAGCAACGCUCUCUCCAACCUCUGAAUAGUUUCUGCAUCACUGUGUUCUGGAAUAGAUUGAUGGCAUUUGGAUAUUAAACUCGAAAGGGGGCAUAAAAGUACCUAUUUAUACGUGAAGCAGUGAGAUUUGCUAAUAUCUUUUAGGACUAAACCCUGACACAAGUUUGCUCUGCAAUGUUUUCCUGCAUUGGUGUAGGAUGGUUAUUCAAAUGCUGUGAUGUGAGACAGGCAGGAGAGGAUGGGUGUCACAACAAGGGGUUUGUCUUCAGGAAGAUGGUUGGAGCAGGGAAAGGGGGCUGGAGCCAUGCAGCUUGAGGGGCUGGCAUUGAAGAAGAGCAAUUGUUAAAGUAUUAUGAAAGCACUGAAAAAAUUUUGCUUUAAACUCACACUGAUCUGAAGCACAGGUGCUCCAGGCUGAGCUUGGAGGUGUGAUAGAAAGCUUGUAUGAUAAUUGUGCUGGUGGUUCCUUUUGGGGAGUUGUUUUACAUUAAAGAGAAGUCCUAGAUUAGAAAAUUCAAACAAGCAAGGGUCAUUGCAGUCCUGAGUAGCAGCAGGAGCUGCUGUUGUACAGGGAAUGGGGUGAGUGCUGCUGAGGGCAGUCAUGGCUCAAUGCACCCCUACCUCUACCUGUCCCCCUCCCUAUGCAUUCUGCAGGCAAGAAGCAGUCCCAUGCCACCUCCAUGUGCCCCUGUGCCUUUGUGGUCUGCAACACAGCAAGUCUGGUUUCAGACACUCUGCCUCUGCUCGUAAAAUGGUGACGAUGCAAAAUUUUGAAAGCAUUAAAAAAACACCUGAUAUAGAAUUUACAAAAUUAAGUAUAGAAAUGCAGAAGUGCUCACCUUCUGUGCUGCUGUGCAACGGCUGAGCCAUAAAGCAGUGAGGGCACAUUUCCCCACCACCCUCCUGCCCCACAACUAGACUGGGAUUCAGUAAUCGCAGGAAACAGUUGAAAAACUACUGCUGUGGGCCGGCCAGCCAGCCACCAGAACCCCCAGCACAGCAUAGAACUGGGGCUGCCAGUGAUGCACCGUUACCUGCAGGACACAUGGACUCAUUGCUGCUGCAGAGGAUGGAUGUCCCCUGAUGUCCCAGUAGUGCAGUGCAGCCCCAAGGGGAGCAGCCUUCAGCCCACAGGUGUCCCUUUUCUGCCACCAGAACUGGGUAGUUCAGAGUGGGAGAUAGAGCACUUUCUUCUUACCCUACCUCCAGCUCCCCCCACCUCCCCAGAGCCUCAUUUCCCACCCAGGAUGCUGGGGAAGGGCUUGGUCUCCCCCUGCCAGACUCCUGACCCCAUUAAUGACACCAGGCCCUCGUUACUCACUGUGAUUUAUUGGUGCUGGAGACAGGUUCCCCCCUCCCACCCCCUGCAGCACAGAACCCCCCCCAGGUGCCAGGGACUGAUUUCCAGCCACACUAAAGCAGCAAUGCAAUACUGGAGAGCAACAGGCGAUCCCCCACUCCAGUAUUUACGUGCUGCUAGAGCACUGCUGACAGCUCUCCAGCCCUGUGCAUCUCCCCACAGCCUCCAGCCCCCCCCCCAUAUCCACCCCCCAAAUCAGAGGGGGCUGGGAAAAGGCUGAACGUGGAGCAAUAUUGCUCUGGAGGCACUGCUCCACCCGGGAUGGACUCAAAGAGCACAGGAGGAACAGAGCUCUUCCUGCACAGCCACCCCACAGACAGGUGUACCUGCACAUCCCCGUGCACCUGAGCUAAGGGCUAUGGGGACACGUCAGCCUCCACCCCUAUGAUAACCAGAAGCUCACUUUCUUGUCUUAUCCUUGAGGUAAUGAGGCAGCCCAGAAUGGUCUGUAUCUCCUUGUCCCUACAAACCAUGAUGUGCUGCUACAUCUCCUCAAAGCCCACUGAAUGUUGGCAUUCCAAAUGGUAUUUUGGUUAUUAUUGUUAUUAUUAUUAUUAUUAUUUGUAAAUCAUGACAUAAGGCACUGACGAACACUCUACAUGAAGACAUGAACAUGCAUGCAUUACCACCUCAGGACUUUUGUGUUGGUUUUUUUUUUUUUUUUGCCUUCCAGGUGCUAUCAACCUGCAACUACAAAGAACAAGCAGUUACACAGUGCAAACAGACAGAAAUACCCCACUCCCCAAACCCAUGGUGCUGGAACAAGGCACAGCUGCACCUCUAGAACCUGUGGGGGAAUGAUCCACUGUCUUUCUUUCUUCCCUUAGGGGCUGCAGUGCAUCAGCUGUUGGCCAGGAAUCACAGUGCCAGCAGCUGAAUGCACAGCUUAACAGGGCAAACCUGCUUGUGUGUCCUUAAACUGCGGGAGGGAAAGAAAGGAGGGAGGAAGAAAGGGAAAGAAAGGAGGGAGGAAGAAAGGGAAAGAAAGGAGGGAGGAAGAAAGGGAAAGAAAGGAGGGAGAAGAUCUUUUUUCCUAGAGCUAACAUGACGCUCAUGUACUUUUGGAAUGGACAAACCAUCUGCAACCAGAAAAUAAAGGCACUCUGACCCUCCAUCAGUCACUGUGCACAACAGAGACUGCAGCACAGAGCACCCAGACCUAUGCAGAGAGCCUGGACUUUUGUGUUUCCUCUCGACUUUUUUUUCCCCAGUUAUGUGACAACUUCCUUCAAUUCAUUUUCCCAAAAAGCAACGUCACAGCAGUGCAGAACGACGGCAGCAGCCAGGCCUGUCCCACAGGGAGCUCAGCCCACACCAGACCCUCUGCUGCUCUGCCCCUUUAGCAAACUGAAGAACGGGAUUUCAAGAGCCCUCCUGGCCCGUGCCAGCCUAUUGGAAACAGCCAAUUAAAAAGUUGAAAAAAAAAAAAAAA